AUGGUAUACUGGAAUUUCCUAAAUCAGGCAUUUUAUCGUCUUAUUCGAAUUGCUUAUUCUCAAAAUAGACGAUUUCAAUCUCUAAAAUUAUAUAUAGUUUUACCAUUUAUAGAAAUGAUAAUAAUAUCUAUUCUUCUAUGUGUUCUUCUACCUUUGAAUGGUAUAACAUAUUCACAAAAUGAUCACUUUUGUAACAUAGCAUACAUGAAUAUUCCUAGUGUUCUUUGGGCACUGCCUAUUGUUUAUGUAUGUCCAUUUUGUUGUUUAUUAUUUAUUUAUAUACAUAUAACAAGAUUUAUUCAUCACCAAGGAAAUAUUCCAACGUUAAUAAUCAAACGACGACAAUCUCGUGAUUUACUUAUUAUUCAACGUAUUUUAAUAAUUGUUGGUUUAUUACUUAUUCUUUCGAUACCUUUAUUGAUUCUUAUAAUUAUGUCUCUGAUACGAGGCGAAGAACAUGCAUUACUUACUCGAAUUUCAUAUUUUCCAGUUAGUAUAUCUCAAAUGGGAUUGAGUGUAGCAUUACUUUUUUAUAUUCCAUGA